AUGCUUGAUUUCUCCGACGAUGCGUCAGCCCACGAGAAGGCUUAUUUUUCAGUUGGUAGCUUGCCGGCUAAUGUCGAUCUUGAACAUGCGCCGCCUCGAAAAGCUCCAUUUUCGACCAUUUCAAAGCAUGCCUUUGUGCACACAACGGAGUUGAUACUACCAAAAGAUGUUUAUACAGCAGUAUGGGACUCAAUACGCGCGAAUAUCGAGCCGCCAAAGUAUGCCCAGGUUAUUAUGCCUUUAACCUCGUUGUUAGAUGGUGAAUUUUUCAACACUUUUAUCAAGACAGGUUAUGCUUUGAUGGUCUCAGAAGGUCGACCAGGAGUGGAUGACGUUUAUUCCGUUCAAGAUGGAACCUUGACGCUCGAGCUGAAUAAGGAGAGAUAUGAGCGCACCGGCCUCACAGGAAAGCCAGUUCGAAGCGGAGGUCGAAAGCAUGCGAAGGAAAGAUUUGUGAUCGAGUUGGACUUGCGCCAGCCCUCCAUGCUGCAUGGCAAGAAAGGCUUCGAGCGCAUUGUAUGGGCUUGCAAAAACGUCCUCAAUUCCUCGCUUACGUGGCUACUUCUUGUUGAUCCGUCAUCCUCGGGCUCUCUGGAUCAAGCCAUGCGGAUCCUGCAAAGGCAUCAACCAAAACUACGCAAUUGCCGGUUCAGCGAAAUUGACCAUCCCCCAAUGUACGUCCCGGCGUUGUCUACAAAUGAAAUUGCUUCGGCAGUUUCGCAGAAUCGCCUGGAAGACUACUGCAAUGACAUUUCGGAAUGGCUCGCGCUGGUAUCGCUCGAGUCUCCCAGAAUACAGGUGAACGACGUAAUCGACCGCUAUCUCAGUCGCUACUCAGUGCCACAAUCAGACACUGGACAAUUGCAGUCAUUGGCUCUGGUGACACUUCGCUGGCAUGGAAUCAUGACGUCAAAUUGGAUUACACGGCUGCUCGUUGCCCUUCUGAGCCACGCCGAAGACACGCGAAACUGGGCUGCCUUGUCGGCGACCUCGUUUCGCAGACAGCCAGUGGAAAAUGGCGAUGGGUAUGCUGUAGUUACUAUGCCCGAAAGGACAGGGCCUGGCAGUCUUCGUUUUCUGGCAUGGGAGUUCAUUGGGUCGACGCAGCGCUCGUAA